UCCCCUUUAUCCGCUUUCUAUUUUUGUUUUUCUCUAUUUUUUUUCUUUCUCUUUCUUUUUUAUAUAUAAAAAAAGACAUGAUUUCUGAGGACGCGUACGAUUAUUUAUUCAAGAUUGUCAUUAUUGGUGACUCAGGUGUGGGUAAAUCCAACUUGUUAUUACGAUACACCUCCGAUGAAUUUAUGGAGGACUCCAGAAGUACAAUAGGAGUGGAAUUUGCAACCAAGAGCCUCAAGAUUGACAAUUGUUUCAUCAAAGCCCAGAUUUGGGACACGAGUGGUCAAGAAAGGUACAAGGCAAUUACAAGUGCAUUUUAUAGGGGAGCAGUGGGUGCACUGCUUGUGUACGACAUCACACGGAAGCCGUCGUUUGACCAUGUAGAUCAGUGGUUAAAGGAACUACGUGAACACACGGAAGAGAAUAUCCCACUGGUGUUGAUCGGUAAUAAGCUGGAUCUCUCGGACGUCAAUCGACAGGUGAGCACAGAAAUAGCACGACAGUACGCGACGCAAUCCAACAUGCUGUUCUUUGAGACCAGUGCUUAUGAUGCCACCAACGUCACUGAUGCAUUUGAAACCAUGUUUGAACAUGUCUAUAAGGAACUGGCCAAAUCCAAGCUGUUACAAAAGACCAAAGAGCAAGUAAAUGAUCUGGCUGUGGGUACAAAGACAGUGACCCUGAGACCUCCUUCUGCUACAUAUGAAUAUAACCAUAGAAUUAAGAAAGAUGAUCAUAACAAAGGCUGCUGCCAAUAAAAACAACAAAAAAAAUCAAAAAAAAAGAAACCCUGUCACACACAACAUACCCCUCCCCCUCCCCCCCUUAUCCCAAACAAAUAGAAAAUUCAUGUGUGGCGUAGAUUUUUUUUUUUUUUUUAAUGAAAAUAGGGGUUUUUAUUUUUUUUUAUUUUUUUAGUGC